CAAAACCACACACAAAAAAUAGCUAGAGAAGCUAUGGAUCAGAGCUCUAGUACUACUUCCCCUAUGAAUCUCUGCCAUGUUAACAAGCUCACAAUCUUCAUCAAUCGAACGUACACAGCCAUACACUCCCUCGCUUUAUCAUUCUUACUUUACUAUAGAGCCUCUUUCUUCUUCUUCCAUGACACCAAAACACCCACCUUACCAUGGCUGAUUGUCUUUGCGGCCGAGCUCACCCUUUCAUUCCAUUGGCUUCUAAGCCAGGCCUUUUAUUGGAGGCCCGUCUCUCGAACUGUGUUCCCUGAGAGGUUGCCGGAAGAUGACAAACUUCCUGCAGUUGACGUGUUCAUUUGCACCGCUGAUCCGGAGAAGGAGCCACCAGUGGAGGUGAUGAACACUGUAAUAUCAGCCAUGGCCCUCGACUAUCCACCCGAGAAGCUUCAUGUGUAUUUGUCAGAUGAUGGCGGUGCUGAUGUGACUCUGCAUGGUAUGAGAGAGGCUUGGACGUUUGCAAAGCGGUGGAUACCAUUUUGUAAGAGGUAUAAGAUCAAGUGCAGGUCUCCUAAAGCCUAUUUCUCAGCAGCAGAGGAUGAGAAUGAAGAUGGUGAUACUAAUUUCAUACAAGAGAGACAAAUUGUUGAGGAAAAGUACGAGGUGUUUAAGGAAAGAGUGAGAGAAUAUGAAAAACAUGGUGACACUGGAAGAAGUAAGCGUCGAGAUCAUCCUGCAGUGAUUGAGGUGAUACAAGACAGUUCUAGGAAUCAUGGAUUCGAAGAAAAUGAAGCAAAAAACAUGCCUCUCCUUGUUUAUGUUUCUCGCGAGAAAAGACCUUCUCACGCCCAUCACUUCAAGGCUGGAGCUCUCAAUGUUCUUCUUAGGGUCUCUGGUGUGAUCAGUAACUCCCCCUUCAUAUUAGGCCUUGAUUGUGACAUGUUUUGCAAUGAUCCAAGUUCGGCACGGCAAGCAAUGUGCUUCCACCUUGAUCCCAAGCUCUCACCCUCGCUAGCACUAGUUCAGUUCCCUCAGAAGUUCCACAACAUCAGUAAGAAUGACAUCUACGACAGUCAGUUGAGAUCGACAUUUACGGUGCUAUGGCAAGGUUUUGAUGGACUUCAAGGGCCAUGCGUGUCUGGUACUGGCUAUUAUAUCAAGAGGUUGUCCUUGUAUGGAAGAUCCCUAAAGGAUGAUCAAAAGGAUCUUAUGGAACUUAGACAAUCGUUUGGUUCAUCAAAUGAGUUCGCGAAAUCCCUGGAUGGAAACUACAAGCCUGAUAUGAAAAUGGCACAGUUAGCUGAGACCCAACAGCAACUGGCCUCUUGUACCUAUGAAGAUGGCACCAAAUGGGGUGAAGAGGCUGGUUAUUUAUACGCGUCUGUAGUGGAAGAUUAUUUCACAGGGUUUGCUAGCUUGCAUUGCAAGGGUUGGAAUUCAGUGUAUUGCGAUCCACCAAGGCCUCAGUUCUUGGGCAGUGGCACUACUAAUUUGAAUGACUUUUUGGUCCAAGGGACAAGAUGGAGUUCUGGGUUGGUUGAUGUUGCUAUCUCCAAAUACUGCCCUCUUAUAUAUGGCCUUUUCAAAAUGUCUUUCCUUGAAUGUAUGUGCUAUGCAUGGCUAGCAAUUUUUCCUAUUUGCUAUUUCUUCUCACUCUGGUGCCUUGCAACUAUACCUCAGCUUUGCCUACUCAACGGCAUUUCCUUGUACCCUGAGGUCUCAAAUUCGUACUUUUGGAUAUUUUCUUUCGUAUUCCUCUCAUCUGUUUUCAGACAUUUAUCCGAGGUGCUCACAACAGGAGAAUCAUUACAACAUUGGAUAUACGAGCAAAGAAUAUGGAUGAUGAAAUCAGUUACCUCUCAGUUCUAUGGUAGUCUUGAUGCUUUUAUGAAGAAAUUUGGUUUGAGGGAAGCUAGUUUCUUCCCAACAAAUAAAGUUGACGACGUUGAGCAAUUCAAGCGUUACAACGCUGGGAUAUUUGAUUUCCAAACUUCAGCACUGUUCCUUGUUCCAUUGGCUUCACUGUUUAUCUUGAACAUGGCUUCCCUUUGUGUGGGCAUUGCCAGAGUGGUCUUUCUGGGGGAGUUGGAGAAGUUGUUUAUUCAAGUCUUCAUUCCAUUUUAUGCAGUGGUGGUUAAUUACCCUAUCAUUGAAGGAAUGCUAGUAAGGAAAGACAAAGGUCGCAUUCCAGCAUCAAUCACCCUAUUGUCUGCAACAGCUUCCAUCAUUUUCUGCGUUUUGGGUUCAAUUAUUUUCAUGUAGCUAGCAAAUUUAUGUAUUUUUUUUCAUUGCCAAGUUAUUUUCUAUAUUCUCUGUCACGAAGAGUUCGUUUAAAAUAUAAAGACAUCAGGCUUACUAGUACUCUUGCAUGUUCCAUUAAUUUUUAUGCAUUCAACUUUUGUGGAUUUUUUAGACGUAUGUUAGCCGGAUUACAUAACGAGGUGUUGCAUAUGUUUAAACCUCUUUUGUAAACUAGCAAAGCUAAAUUACACACAACACUUGUCAUGA